CUUGGCUUUGUUUAGGGGAUUUUAACAAUCUUCUUUCCUAAUCUAAAGAAGUUGGGAGAUAUACCUAGUGUAAUAGACGCAUGGGAGAUGGAUUGAUUAGAGAACGGAUUGAUCGAGCUUUUGGGAAUGUGCGGCUAAUAGAGGAAUUCUCAAAUGUACAAGUGUUUGACAUAGAUCCUAUCGGCUCUGAUCAUCAUCUGCUCUUGACUGAUCUUAACUGUAAUUCUUCCAAAAAAGUGAGAACAUUUCGAUUCGAAGGCAUUUGGGCAAACCAUGUAGAUUUCAUGAAUGUUAUUAAAGGGGGCUGGAAUCUGAAUGCUGUUAGCAUAACACCGUUUAUUCAGGAUUUUCUAACCAGACUUGAUUCUUACAAAAAUGAAAUUGCUAGAUGGAAUCGAAAGGAAGUUCCAAAUAAUAAGAGGCUCAUUAAUGACCUUAAGCAGCAACUAAUUGCUUGUGCUUAAGGUGACUGCAAUGAACCUACAUUGCAGAAAGUUCAAAAGCUGACGAUACUGAUAGAGAAAGCUAUGGAUAAUGAGGAGCAGUAUUGGUGGCAGAGGGCUCGAAUUUCUUGGCUUAAAGUAGGGGAUCGUAAUUCUAGAUUUUUUCACUUGAGCACAAUUAAGCGAAGGCAGUACAAUAGCAUUUUAAGGAUUAGAGAUGAAGAUGGCAACUGGUAAACGGAGAAGACGGACGUCUCAGAUAAUAUUGCAAGAUAUUUUCAAAAUCUUUUUUCCUCUUUUGGACCCAGAGCUACGGCCACUGCUCUUGAAUUCUUAGAUACCAGAAUCGGGGAAUGUGAAAAUGCUCAACUUAUGCGUCCUGUUACCAAAGAAGAAAUUCGAGAGGUUGCUUUCAGUUCGGGAGGUACAAAAGCCCCGGGAUCGGAUGGAUUCUCAAGUAAAUUUUAUCAUUCGGCUUGGCCUGAAAUUGGUAAUUCUAUUUGCUCUAUGGUGAUGGAAUUUUUUUCUGGAACUUCUACUUUGG